GGGUCGGCGCUGGGGCCCGGCGGCAGCGGGGCGCUGCUCCGCGCCCUGGACAGCGUGGAGCUGCGGGCCGGCGGAGCGGGGGUGGUGCGCGCCGUGCAGGCCCGCCUGGCCAGGAAGGUGCUGCCCAGGCUGGGCGAGCAGGGACUGGUGGAGUACGGCGUGCCCUUGUCGCCCUCGGGCGGCCGACACCGAGUGGCUGCCGAGGGGCGAGCCGACACCGAGUGGCUGCUGAUGGGCAGCAGGAGCCGCAGCGCGCACGGGCACUGCGGGCACCCCGCCUGCCGCGACCCCCGGCGGGGACCGAGCCCCCGCAGGGUCCUGAGCGCCGGCAGAGGCAAAAACAAGCUGCCCUGGGAGAGCGAGCUGCCCGCGGACAGGGAAGGUGCCUCGGGAGUGAGGAAGGGUGUGGAACAGUUGGCUGCAUCCAGUGAUUUCCUUCACUCCCCGAAGCUCCGGGGAGUCCCAAGCAGUGAAGAUUUGUUUGCCAGCAGGAGCAGAGCUCCCAGGACUUUGUUGGAGCUGAACUCAGAGCAUUCUGCCCUUGGUGCUGGUGCUCUGGGCUCUCAUCAGCCCCAGCUCUCAGGGAGAUGUGGGACACUUGGAUACCCACAGGCACGUGGGAAGAGUGGCAGUGUGGGCUCUGAUUUGCAGUUUUUGGGAUUAAAUAAUUGUCAGCAGGACAAAGUUUGUUCCAGCCUCAGUUUUUCCAGCAAGACCCAGAGAAGUUUUUGCACUCAGGCAGAGCCCAUCAUGUCCUUCAAAGGUCCCAGUGCCAGCCAGGGCACCUUCAUCCUGCCCUCCUUCCCCUUGUCAUCCCCCAGGAACAGCCCCAAGCACCUCUCCUCUCCUGCUGCCUCUCCAGGGAAGUCCCAGGAGGAUCCCAGGAGCCUCUCCAGCUCCUGGCCUCUCAAAAGCUUCGAGGGGCUGCCUAAGCCUGGCUGCCAGAAGCAGCUGCUCAGCCAAAAGCCAGGAGACAACACAGGGGACAGCCCAAUGGACAAGCAGCUGGAGAGGCAUUCCCUGCAGCUGGAGAAGCCCCCCCUGCCCCUGGAGAAGCCCCCCGUGCCCCUGAGGGCUGCCCUGGGCAGGGCCCGGCCCGUGCCCCCCAUCCCACGCCUGCCCAGCCCCCGGGAGCCCCCCGGCAGCAAGGAGGGCACAGAGCUGCCAGCAGGGCUGGCCCAGCUGCACCUGGAGCCCCAGGACCAGGAGGAGAUGCAGAACUGCCUGCGCUCCCUGCGGAGCAGCGCAGCCAAGAAGAGAGCAAAGCUGAGCAGCAGCAUCGCCGACCUGGAGAGCCCCGACUGGGCGGUGAGAGUGGAAUUGUGCGGGGACUGCCCCUCCCCCGGCGCCGCCUCCUCCUCCGAGAGCGGCAUUUCCAGCCAGGGGUCGCCCGGCUCCCCCGCGGCCCCCCGCAGCAGAGAGUCAGACACUUUCCCAGUGCUUGGCAGCAAAUCCCACCCUGCAAAAGACUCUCCAGCAAGGCCCAGAGACACAGAGGGGGCAGAGCAUCACCCCAGCACAGGCCCUGCAGAGCCAGUGCCCGGCCUUGCUCUGAAGAACGAUCUGGGUGUCACAUCUGAAGAUGUUGUUGUUGUUGGCAAAGGUGUUUUUGGGAGCCCUCCUGCCCCAGCUGCCAGCCUGUCCAUGCCCUGUGUGGCCAAUGGGGAUGGCCAGGCUGCCAGGGAGGGAGCAGAGGCAGCCCCAGGGAGAAGCUUCCAGCAGAGCAGCGUUUCCCACUGCCAUAGCCCUGCAGGGAGUGGAGGAGAGGUAAAAGUGACCUUGUCAAAAUCUGCUCAGGAGAAGCUGAGGAGGAAGAGGAAAGAAGACAAAGAACAAAACCAUAAAGAGCAGCAGGAAGGCAAAGCCUUGGAAGGGAAGGAGGAAUUCCCUUGGGAAAGGAUUAGACUGAGUAUGAGUGAACCAGAGAAACUCACAGCAGAAAGGUUUAAUCUCUGUGGGGAUUUACUGACAUCACCAAGAAAUGGAUCUGUGUCCUUAGAAAAUGUGGCCUUGAACCCUUCCCUGAAAAGAACAUCCAGUUUGAAGAGGUCAAAGUGUCCAUCCUUCCUGGAUUCUGAGGUGACGCAGAGCCCCGAGGUGCUGGACCCCGGUGAGCUGCAGCCCUUCCCCCGGCCCGAGGCGGCGCUGGCAGAGGCGCUGGCGCUGCUGGCUGACCACGACUGGGAGAAGAAAAUUGAAGGUCUGAACUUUGUCAGGUGCUUGUCUGCCUACCAUGCCCCUGUUCUGACUGCAAAGCUCCAUGAAACAACUCUGGCUGUGGCUCAAGAGGUCAAGAAUUUACGCUCAGGUGUUUCUCGAGCUGCUGUGGUCUGUUUAGGGGAUUUGUUCACCCACCUGAAAAAGAGCAUGGAUCAAGAACUAGAUAAUGCAGUAAAAGUCCUUUUGCACAAAGCUGGGGAAUCCAACACUUUUAUAAGGGAAGAGGUAGACAAGGCACUGAAGGCCAUGGUUAAUAAUGUGACUCCAGCACGUGCACUUUGUUCUCUUAUAAAUGGAGGGCAAAGGCACCUGCACUCUGCCGUCAGGAGAUGCACGGCGCAGCACCUGGGCCAGCUGGUGCAGCGCCUGGGCCCCGAGCGCCUGCUGGCCGGGCCGCGCCCCGCCGCCGAGCGCCUGCUGCCCGCCCUGGCCAGCUUCGUGCAGGACAGCUCCCAGCACACGCGGUACCACGGGCGGAGGAUGCUCUUCAGCAUGAUGGCUCACCCUGACUUGGAUAAAACACUGGAGAAGUUUGUGCCAGCCAAGGAUUUGCCUUACAUUAAGGAAACUGUUGGCAGCCUACGAGAGAAGGGCCUGGGGGAGAUGCCCUUGGACACACCCUCAGCCAAAGGAAGGCGUUCCCAGACUGGAAAUGUUGGACAUUUGAGGUCGUCCUCUACUUGCAGAGAUGCUCCCAUCAUCCCAGACAGGUGGGAGGAGGCUGUGCGGGAGGAGCGUGUCGCGGCGGCUGACGGAGCGCCAUUUCCCGCUGCCAGGGAGGGCGCGGAGGCGCCGGGAGCGCCGCGCAGAGCGGGUCCCCGCGGCGAGGAGCAGCUGCGGGAGCUGCUGCGGGCUCUGGGCGCCAGCGAUUUCCGGCAGCGCCUCGGGGCCGUGCGGCGGCUGCAGCGCCAGGCGGAGAGCAGCCCCGCGCUGCUGCUCGGCAACGUCCUCACGAAAUGUUGUUUGACUUGCUCAAAUAGUGAUCCCGGGUAUUUGCAAAUCCCAGAAUCCCAGAGUGGUUUGGGUCAGAAGGGACCUUACAGAACAUCUGUUUCCACCCCUGGGGACGGCAGAGCCAGCAUCUGCCCAGGUGGACAGCUGGGGUGUACCAACAGAGCAGCCUGUGAGCUUUGCCCCUCGGGCACUGAUUCCCAGUCCCACAGAGCUGCUCGGGUGCUUUUCCAGAUCUUUGAUGCUUUCAAGCCUCGCUUACACGACUCCAACAGCAAAGUGAACCAGGUGGCUUUGGAGGCCCUGCACAAGAUGAUUCCAGUGCUCAAAGACAGUUUAUCACCUGUGAUCAACAUGCUAAUUCCUGCCAUAGUGGACAACAACCUCAACUCCAAAAAUCCAGGGAUUUAUGCAGCUGCCACGAAUGUUAUCCAGGCUCUAUGUCAACACUUAGACACCUCCCUGCUCCUGCAGCCAUUCUGCACAAAAGCCCAGUUCCUGAGUGGGAAAGCAAAGCAGGACCUGACUGAAAAGCUGGCAGAGCUGGUGCAGGAGCUGUACCCACGCAAGCCCUGCGCCGUGGAGCAGAAGGUGCUGCCCGUGCUGUGGCACCUGCUGGGCAGCGCGGCCAGCAGCGGCUCCGUGCCCACGGCCAGCCUGGCCCGGGCCCUGUGGGCACAGAUGGGCCCCGGGCUGCUGGCCCACGCUGCAGCCCAGCCCCUGCACAUCAGGAAGAGCCUGGAGGAGCUUUUGGAAACAGCAACGUAAAAUGGCCGUGCCUGCAGGUGAAGGUGCAGCGCCGCCCGGGGCGGGCACAGCGCGGGCAGGGACGGGCCCUGUGCUGCCCACAGUGCUGAGGGGCUGGGGGAGAGCCCUGGGGCCGGGCUGGGCUGGGACAGCCCGGGAGCUGAGCUGGACAAGCGCGGGGAGCUGAACUGGGCCGUGCUGGGUCAGCCUGCAGGACUGAACUGGGCCAGUAU